CUAUUAUCAUAUCCUUACCUAGACUGAUAAAUGCUGUAUAAUGACCGAAGCGGCUCACGUUGAUCUUUUCUACAAGACGCACUAUGCCAGCUGCUUUCACGUUUCCUCCUCUACCUCCGCCUCCGCCAAAAGCUGCGCCGGUCGAGAGCUUCAAUAGCCCGGCGUCGUCUUUUACACCCAAUUCGCAUAAUGAUGGAACACAGUACAGUAGUAGAGCUCAUAAUCAUGGCACAGGUGGAGGAAGGGGUCAAAAUCAUAGAGGGAGCAGAGGAGCUAGGUAUGGUGCAAGAGGAGGAAGGGGAACGGCGACCAAUCAACAUGGGAGACCUGACGGGAACCGGAAUAGUCACGACAAGCAGACCGCGAUACAGUCGAGCGAACACAGAAGCAUCCCGAAUCAGUCGUCUACGGGAAUUAUAGCAAACGACCAGAACGCGACGAACGUGAACGGAAGCCAAACUCUGCCACCCGAGAUGCAACAGCAGUAUGCGGCAUACACUACCGCUGCCCAGAUGAUGUGGAACUCACCGGAGUUCCAGACCAAGCUCAAUCAAGCUCAAGCCCACCUGUCAAACGCUCGGCCCGCGUCGAGUCCGCAACAUUCAGCCAACACCUACAAUCAGGAGUCCCACCCAGGCGUAGCAGCACAAGACCGUAACGCUUCUGCGCCCAGAACAGAGAGAAUGUAUAAUUCGAGCGGCCCGAGGGACUCUCGUAAGGAUCACCAAUCGCCCAGAGGCCGUGGACGAGGCACAUCGAACAAGCCCCAAGUCAGGCAGCGCGUAGCCGUCGCCCCUUCAGUCCCUAGCUUUGGCUUCUCGCUCCCGACCCCUGUAUCUCCUGCUUCACGACCGAGCGAACACUCAAAAGAUAGCAGGAGCAACAAGAAACGAAAGACUACGCAUUUAGGCCUGAUAAAUGAGGAAGAGCCGCAAUACUCCAGCGAGGAGGAGGAGAUUGACGAGGAAGCACACUAUGCCGGGUCCAUCGACACGAUCAGAAUCGAGUACGGUGACCGCACUGUAAAGCUAAGCAACGCGGCCGAAAUCGCUGCGUGGAGGGCAGAGCGCCGAAGAGAAUUCCCUACCCAAGCACGCGUCCAACAAAAGAAACAGGAAGCUGCCGAGCUGCGCGAUAAACUGCUGCAGUUACAGCGAGGAUGCGAGCCCUCAUCACGCACCGAACGCAUCGAAAGCAGGUCGAAAGAAUACCCCAAAGCAGCUCCAGCACCUGCCCGGGACAACGACACGCAAACCCGUGAUCGAAACGAAGACCUCAACACCCCACGAAGACGCGCCCAGGAGUCCACAGACAACCGUAAACCUCCUGUCGCCGCCACAGCAACCACCAGCUCGAAUCCACUCCGACGACAAGACACAAACCCAACCAUCAGUCUCAACCUCAACUACGCCAGCGACUCAGACUCCGACGACCAAGCCGACCAAGCCAACUCCGACCACGAGACCAACAUCAACGCCUCCCUAUCCGACACCUCAUCCAUAAUAUCCAGCUCCUCCGCCCUCUCCCCCUCAGACCCAGACUCCUCAGACUCAAACUCAGACUCAGACUCCUCCUCCUCCUCCGCCCACCCCGAAACCCUCUCCUCAAAACUCCCUCCAAACCCCCUCUUCAUUCCCCCACCACACCAUCAUCAUCCUCCCCCGCACAACGCCCCCACCAAAACCACACACCCCAAACUCUGCCCCUCACUCCGCAAAUCCAACCGCCACUGCAAAUUCGGACCCCGCUGCAGAUUCCGCCACCAGCAAACAGCCGAGGAGCAGGAGCAGCAGCAGGAGCGGCGACGACGGCGGCGGCACGGUGCUGGCAACGAUAACGACGAGAACAGCAGGAAGCAUAAGAGGAAGCAGAGAAUCACUCUCCGCGACCGCUGGGCGGCGCAGGAGGUUGCCGAGGCGAAUAAGCUUGCGCUCGAGGCGAUUAAGUAUUUGGGGAAGAAGGGGUUUUUGACGUGAGUUUGGGGCAUCC